AUGCUUCCUGUGGUGUACAUACUCGCUCAAAGCUGCUUUUACAAGGUAGUGAAUGCGUCAUCUGGGAUUCAGCCACAGACUUCAGAACAUCUACUGCUAUGCUCCAUAUUCUGCCCAAAUCGGGUAGUGAUAGUGCUCAACAAGAUCGAUCUCGUGAAAAAGGAAGAGAUUCCUGGAAUUACAAAGUUACGGAAGGCUCUCAGCGCGUUGGGAGUCUCAGAAAACUCACCGAUUGUUCCUGUAUCUCUGGUCAACCAAUCUGACAGCACGCUGUCGGAGCUGAUGGAAGUUCUGGAGAGUAGCAUAUUUGAACCUCAUCGUCAAACUUCAACG